CGUUGGUAUAAGUAUCACACCAUAACCCCACAAUCCCACCAUUUCCACUAUCUUCAACCAAAUUUUCAGUACAUGCGCAUUACCAAACUGAUAUCAUUACGGCUGAGGAGUAAUCGGACAAAGAUCUGAAUACUCCUUGCGUCUGGAAUUGUACCCUGCUACAAAACCCAAACCAGAAGAAUGCUUCCACCCAUCCCAAUCCUCAGCGAUUACGGAAUAUCACCAAAUCAUGGUUUUCUUCCAGCUGACUUGCCUCUUGAGAGGCUUCCUGAUCCUUACUACAACAAAUGGGAGGCUAUUGUCGCCAACCUCCAAGGAUUGAUUUUGAGUAAACGACUACGUGGGGUCAUCGAUCGACUCCCUAUCCUUUCCACUGCGGGUCUGGAACAUGACUCGGAGUGGCGAAGAGCGUAUUCGUUGUUGAGUUUCAUGGCCCAUGGCUACAUCUGGGGUGGUGACAGCCCUGCAGAGCGUUUGCCGGCCUCGAUCUCAAUUCCGUAUCUUCACAUUUGUGAUUACCUUGAGGUUCUUCCAGUUGCCACGUACGCUGCGGUUUGCUUGUGGAAUUGGAAACCUCUGUUUGCGAACGAACCAAUUGACCUGGAGAAUUUGGCUACGCUGACCACCUUCACCGGAUCCAUCGACGAAUCAUGGUUCUAUCUUGUUUCCACUGCUAUCGAAGCACGAGGAGGGCAAACCAUCCCUCUCAUGCUCGCUGCUAUCGAAGCAGCGAGAGCCAAUGACGGUGCUACCGUAGCUUUGUGUCUCCGAGGAUUUGCUGAAGCUUUAGACGACCUUGGAACUGUUUUGCAGCGCAUGCAUGAGAGCUGCGACCCGACUGUGUUCUACAAUCGCAUCCGUCCAUUCCUUGCUGGUAGCAAGAAUAUGGAAGAGGCUGGAUUGCCCAAUGGUGUCAUCUAUGAAGAUGGCACAGGGAAGGAGCAGUAUAGACAAUACAGUGGUGGCAGCAACGCACAGAGCUCCAUCAUACAAUUCUUCGACAUCAUUCUUGGCAUCGAGCACCGUCCAACUGGUGAAAAGAAGGACCCUGCUUCUGAGAGUGACCUCGAAGGCACAGCUCCUCCCGCUAAGCACAACUUCCUACUGGAGAUGCGAAAGUACAUGCCUGGACCCCAUCGCCGUUUCCUGGAGGACGUCUCUCGAGUCGCUAAUAUUCGCGAUUAUGUGGAAACACACCGCGACAAUAGCGAGCUCACUCUAGCCUAUGAUGCUUGUCUUGCAAUGCUUCGAGAGCUUCGAAGCAAGCAUAUCAACAUUGUCUCUCGCUACAUCGUCCUCAAGUCACGCGAGUCGAGAUCCCACUCUCGUUCAAAGAGCCCUGUUGUGGAACGUCGCAAGGUCGACUUAGCGACGGCUUCCCGUCAGCACAAGAACGAUCCCAAGAAGGGGUUCAAGGGAACUGGAGGCACUGCAUUGAUUCCAUUCUUGAAGCAGGCUCGCGAUGAGACUGGCGAGCCGGCUAUUGACAAUUGGGCAAAGCGUGUUAUGAAUAAGGAUUCCCGCUCUACUGACAAGGGUGAUUUCUUCUUGGGGAAGCUGGAUAAGCUUCCUGAUGGCGAAGUCGAUUUUGGUGGACUGGCUGGAAGCUGGGCUCUUGACGAAAAUGCUGGUGGUUUGUGCCAUUACUAGGCUCUACCGUGCUGGCCUUCACUGCUGUUGCUCUUACAGAUAACAUGACAUUUGCGCGAUACAGUCUUUACCCUUGCACUGAAGAUAGCUUGAGAUUUACGCAAUACAAUCUUUACACACUGGACCUAAGUGCAUGCUAUUUAGUGACGAUUUUGAUAUGCCAC